UUGGUCUAUGCUCGUUACACUCGUUAGGUAAAAGUUCAAAGUUCUGAAAUAAUUACAUAGUUUACGUGUGUUUUGUUAUUUGAAAAUAUAAAUGCUCAUUUAAAAUUUAGGUAUAAAAAACAAUAACUGAUAAAUUAUCACAAUGUUUAUGCCUUUCUCUAAAACCAUUCAAGCUUUAGGUCAAUCAGUCACUAGACAUACAAGAUGCAUCGCUUCUUUAUCAGCAUUAUCUGAAGAUUAUCAGAUGUUGCAAAAAACAUGCCGUGAUUUUGCGGAAGGCGAACUUAAGCCCAAUGCUGCUAAAUACGAUCGAGAUCAUUUAUAUCCCGGAGAAGCAAUUAAAAAAUUAGGGGAACUAGGCUUAAUGGCUAUAGCGGUACCGGAAAAAUGGGGAGGUGCAGGCUUAGACUAUUUAGCAUACGCUAUAGCUCUCGAAGAGAUAUCCAGAGGUUGUGCUUCAGCUGGUGUUAUAAUGUCAGUGAAUAACUCCUUAUAUCUUGGACCGCUGUCUCAUUGGGGCACUGACAAACAAAAAGAACAGUUUGUAACUCCUUUUUGUACUGGUGAUCCUGUGGGCUGCUUUGCUCUAUCAGAACCCGGUAAUGGAUCAGAUGCAGGAGCCGCCUCCACUACAGCAAAAGAUGCGGGUGACAAGUGGAUUCUGAAUGGAACUAAAUGUUGGAUUACCAAUGGAUACGAGAGCAAAGCAUCAGUAGUUUUUGCUACAACUGAUAAGAGUUUAAAACAUAAAGGUAUUUCAGCAUUUGUAGUUCCAAAACCUAUAAAGGGUCUUGAAUUAGGGAAAAAAGAAGAUAAACUAGGUAUAAGGGGGAGUUCAACUUGCUCCCUGAUAUAUGAAGACUGUGAAAUUCCCAAAGAGAACAUCCUGGGUGAACCGGGGUUUGGAUUCAAGAUAGCUAUGAUGACUCUAGAUGCGGGGAGAAUUGGUAUUGCUUCACAAGCUUUAGGUAUAGCUCAGGCUUCACUGGAUGUGGCAAUAGAAUAUGCUUCGAAACGCAUUGCUUUUGGCAAACCAAUAUUGAAAUUGCAAGCUAUUCAAAAUAAAUUAGCUGAAAUGGCGCUCCGUCUUGAAUCUGCACGCUUGCUCACAUGGCGAGCGGCCUGGCUGAAGGACAACAAAAAUCCCUACACUAAGGAGGCAGCAAUGGCUAAGUUGGCUGCAUCAGAGGCUGCUACGUUUUUAUCACACCAAUGUAUCCAGAUUCUUGGAGGAAUGGGUUAUGUAUCAGAUAUGCCAGCAGAACGACAUUACCGCGACGCUCGCAUUACUGAGAUUUACGAGGGCACCAGCGAAAUACAAAGACUGGUUAUAGCAGGACAACUGAUCAAGGAAUACGGACUGAAUUAGAAACAUUGGCCUUAUGGACUACAUUAAUCUAAGAUCAACGUGAAUGCCAUCACCUCCUACCUUGAAAUAUGAGAUCGAAAUCUCAAUUGUAUUGUAUAAAGGCUGAUCGUUCAUUUAAGCUGUAAGGCAAGACCCCUUAAACAAAUAGUGGUAGUAUAUAUCGACGAUUGAAAGGCAAAAGUGACUAAGCAACAAAAACUGCUUUGUACAUAAAUGAUAGGCAAUAACCAUAUUCGAUGCGCAAAAAAAAUAUAUUUCUA